AUAUUCAGUCCAAGUCGUUCUCUGUCUUAACCUAAAUCCAUCCACUCUCUAGCGCACUUGAUCGUCAGUUACUGCUGAACCUCAGUCGUGGUAAGAUCGAACAAAAAUUAAUCGUUGCACAAGUGAAAAGUGAUUAAAAUGUCUCCGAAAAAAUAUCCAAUGCUUCUAUCUGAUCUUGAUGAACUACCAUCGGGAAGACUUGCUGGAUAUGAAUUUAUUUUUGAGCCUACACUCUGUCCUAAUGCAGUACGCGUAGCCAAGGAAGAACUCCAUGAGACACCAGAAAAACAGCAAAGAUGCAUUGAGGAAUUGAGAAAAUUGUUGGAAGUGGAAGAAAAUCUUGUGGUGCCCAUUGAUAAUUCUGACUGGCUCAUUAGAUUCCUCCGAGCUCGUAAUUACAAUGUACCUGAUACAUUUACUUUGAUCAAAAAAUACUAUCGUUUCAAAAUUAAAUACAGUGAUAUUUACAAGGAUUUCGUCCCAUCGAGCAUGACACAUCUCUAUGACCAUCAAAUAUUCCUGGGAUCACCAGAAAAAGAUGAUUGUGGUCGAAGAAUUCUUAUUAUUGAAGUUGGAAAAAAGUGGAAGCACAAAAUUGUGUCAAUUAAAGAUCUCUUCCGUGUUUGCAUUCUUAUCAUGGAGGCUGCAAGUUUAGAACCAAAUACGCAGGUUCUAGGAGCAAUAGUUCUUGUGGAUGUUAAAGGAUUCAAUUUGUCACGUGCCAACAAAUUCACCCCACAAAUUAUCAAGAUGGGCCUCAAAUGGCUCCAAGAUUCCAUUCCCUUGAAAGUUGUUCAAUUUCAUGUGAUAAAUGAGAACAAAUUUGUGGAUUUGGUGUAUAAUUUGGCUAAACCACUCUUACGAUCGGACUUCAAGAAAAACAUUUAUUUCCAUGGAUCAGACUAUGGAUCACUCCAAAAGUACAUUCCAGCGAGGUGCCUCUUCACACACUAUGGCGGCACAUUGGAAUUCCCUGAAUUGCCCACAAUUGACCAACUCAUGGAAGAAUAUUCCCAAUGGACAUCGAAAGCUGACAAGGAAUUUGAAGCUAUCAAUUCCUAUGGGUACAGAAAUUGAGAAGAAACUAGUUUGUUUGAAUUAUGUUGUGCACCAAUUGAAAGAUUAUUGGUAGCAAUUUGGUGAUUGAAGGUGUUUUUGGUGGUAAAUAAAAAAGUUUUUUGUUACAUUAAAAAAAA